AUGUAAAACGACGAGAAAAAGAUUGUUGAUCUCUACAUCCCAAGAAAAUGCUCUGCCACCAACAGACUCAUCACUGCCAAGGAUGCCGCCUCAGUUCAAAUUGAUGUUGCCGAGGUCGAUGAGAACGGAAAGAUCACUGGAAAGAACAAGACUCUUGCUUUAGCUGGUUUCAUGAGAUCAAGAGGAGAAGCUGACGCCUGCCUUAACAGACUUCUUGCUGACUUCGACCUCAUCAGCUUCAGAAGAUGA